AUGGUUCUAAUCGGCGGCGGAACUCUCCUAGGACGCGCCGGCACGCGCGGCAGGAAGCAGCAGAGCCGUUUAAUAUAUGGACAGGAACUUUAUUUACAUGGAAAUUCUAUUGGAGAUGAAGGAAUCCGUUCUUUGAUGGCGGGAUUAUCUGCACAUAAAGGGAAACUUACACUUCUAGACAUUGGCAACAACUCAUUAACAUCUAAAGGUGCAUUCCAUGUCGCUGAGUGUGUUAAGAAGAGCAGAAGCCUUUUGUGGUUGAACCUUUAUAUGAAUGACAUUGGCGAUGAGGGAGCCGGAAAAAUUGCAGCUGCUUUAAAGGAAAAUCGGUCAAUAACAACAUUGGAUCUGGGUGGAAAUAACAUUCACGCUGAUGGUGUUAAUGCCGUUGCUCAAGUUUUAAAAGAUAAUUUAGUGAUUACCACUUUGGAACUUAGUUAUAAUCCCAUUGGACCAGAUGGAGCCAAGGCCUUGGCUGAAGUUCUCAAGUUUCAUGGGAACUUAAAAACUCUUAAGCUUGGUUGGUGCCAGAUAGGAGCAAAAGGUGCAGAGUUCAUUGCAGAUGCUUUAAAAUACAAUACCACAAUAUCAAUUUUGGACUUGCGAGCGAACGGACUACGAGAUGAAGGUGCACAGUGCCUGGCUCGCAGCUUGAAAGUGGUUAAUGAAGCUCUAACCUCUCUAGAUUUAGGAUUCAAUGAAAUAAGGGAUGACGGAGCUUUUGCUAUUGCUCAAGCACUCAAGUCUAAUGAUGAUGUAGCUGUUACAUCCCUUAACAUUGCAAGUAACUUCCUUACAAAAUUUGGGCAGGGUGCCUUGGCUGAUGCAAGAGACCAUGUCUUGGAGAUGACCGAAAAGGAAAUCAACAUCUUCCUCUAGAAGACAUUAUAUUCUGCAAUAAAUAUUUUUUUAUAAAAGAGCAUUUUUCUUUUAAUUUUGCAUAUAUGCUGCCGGCAAUUACUGGUAAGAACUCGUCAUGUCAAAUUUUUUAGUUCUAACCAAUUUAUCGAGGGAAAGUAUAGAAAUUUGUUCGCAGUUUAGCCUUAUAUUGUUGAUCUUGAAACCGUUACAGCGGUUGGAUGAUACAGUUGACAACAAUAGUGAUAGCUUGUCGGUAUAGUUAUCAUGUGCAGAUGGAGUUUAGUUUUGGCAGCAGCAGAUUUUUCCUCCGAAUCAUAGUUGCUAAAUUACGUAGAGUUAUCAAAUGGAAGUUUUAAGAUGAGUUUUGAAUUAUUAAUUUAUGUUGCUAAUUUUGUUGCAUACGGUAGUGUGCUCGAAGCUCACUCUAGUCUUUUGU